UUUCUUUCAUCGUACAUCACAAACAUCACAUUCGAUUCCUCCUGAUUCCAUUCCAGUGCUUGGAGUUGAAUAUUAUUAAUAGAAUUAAGGCCAUGGCUUAUUCCCUAUCUUUCUCUAUUCCCAAAUUCGUGCCAAACCAACCAGACUUGAUCCUCCAAGCUGACGCCCUUGUUACCGCAUCAGGGACGUUGCAACUCACCAAGAUAAAAGAUGGUGGUCCAGUGUAUGAAUCUGUGGGUCGAGCCCUCUAUUCCGCCCCUGUCCGCAUCUGGGACCGUAAAACAGGCAACGUGGCCAGUUUCGUCACUUCCUUCUCCUUCAUCAUCAAUGCAACUGACCCGUCCAAAACCUCUGAUGGCCUUGCCUUCGACACCAAGCCCCAAGCCUCUGGUGGAUUGCUUGGACUCUUCCCCGACGAAGAAACACGUUAUUCAAACAAAGUUGUCGCGGUGGAGUUCGACACUUACUACAACAAGGAUUGGGAUCCAGUGAACACACACAUUGGAAUUAAUGUCAAUGGAAUCAAAUCCGAGAAAACUACACCGUGGAAUUUGGCCAAUGGUGAAGUAGCUAAUGUUGUCAUAAGCUAUAAAGCUUUCACCAAAACCUUGACUGCCACUUUGGUCUACCCUAAUUCCAAUGAUGAUCAAAACAGUCACAUCGUCUCUCAUACUUUCGACUUGACUAGUGCUCUUCCUGAGUUUGUCAGAGUUGGUUUCUCGGCUGCUAGUGGACUGUCUGCAGACUACAAUGAAUCACAUGAUAUUCUUUCAUGGUUUUUCGAAUCCAACUUGCAUGUUGGUGCAGGUAGUACUAAUGGUGGUGAUGGUGAUGCUGCUCACAACAACGUUGCGCAUGUCUCCAGCUAUGGACUUAAUUGAUGGUGAUUCCAUCUAGCUAAGUCCAAAACAGAUAUGCAAGUGUGGACGACCAGAAAAUAAUACUACUUCUACAUCAAUAAGACCUGCAACAAUGGUUCUUUCUUGGUUGUCAUUUCAUUUUAUUGUAACAUAUGCAUAAUAAAAACGCUCCUCAUCAAAUCUUUUGUAAGGGGUCGUUGUUGUUGUUGCUAUUGCUUUUGCUUUAAUAAUAUGAGAUUUGCUUGUGUUGCUUUCAAA